AUGCCCACCGGAAGCUGCUUCUGCGGGAACAUCAAGGUGGAAUACUCGGGCGAUCCUGCCAUGACGGCCCUCUGCCAUUGCGCAGACUGCCGCAAGAUCUCUGGCGGCAACUACUCCAACAACAUCGUCGUGCCGAGCGCCAAUUUCAAGGUUACGCAGGGCACGCCCAAGGAGAUCACAAAGACGGCGGACAGCGGCAAGUCCAUCACCAGUUGCUUCUGCCCGGACUGCGGAACCACGUUAUUCAGGUACGGAGACUCGUUCGGCGGGAUCGACGGGAUGAGAAUCAUCAAGGCGGGCAUCCUCGACGACGUCAACGUGCUCAACCAGACCAAGCCUGGCGCUGAGUUGUUUGCGCCGGAACGGGUCAAAUGGGUAGCUCCGCUGGAAGGCGCCGGGCAAAUCGACGCCAUGCCCCCUUCGUGA